AUGGAAAGUCUUUUUCAGCAGCAAAUAGAUGAGGUGGCCUUCAAAGACGCUUUGUACCAGCAGGAUAUCAAAUACAUUGCACGGGUCAAAGCCAUGAGGCGCUGCUUUCGCUGUUACGAGAAAAAGCUAACGGAAGAUGCUUUCCGCAGCAAGAACAAGAAGACGAGGAAGCGGAAGCUGUCGAGGGUGCUGCAGCGUGCGGAGAAAAUAGUCUACAGAAAAUUCGGACCCGACCCCAAAACCCCUCCCCCAGAUGCUGCUGAGCUGCUGCGAAAAGUCGAAGUGGCGGAAAGUGGAUUUCACCCCGAGCUGGUGUACGUACACUCGAGCCUCACGCAGCAGCAACGACGCGAGGCGCUGGAUCGCCUCUGCGGCCGAUCCCCUAGCCAUCUUGCUGCAGGAGAUCGCUGGCUGCUGCAGUCUUUGCUGCAAACCCUCAGGAGAAAUAAACCCCCAAUUCCUUUGCUGCUGAAGCAGCAGUACCGCCUCAUAGAGUCCACCGGCAUCUUCGAGGUCUCCCAAUUAGGACUUACUGGAAAAGCACCUCGAUCAAGCCACUCGAGCCAGGAAAAAGGUGCAGCAACAGCAGCAGCAGCAGCAGCAGCAGCAGCAGCAGCUCUGGCUAACAGCAGCAGUGGAGCUAGAGUUAAGAAGAGCAGUAGCAGCAGCAGUAUUAGUAUCGGCAAGAGCAAAUCGUAG